UUUAAUGCAGUCCGGAGAUGGGGACCACGAAACCCCCAAAAUAGGCCCCUUUUCAAUGCCCAUCCCAUGGUCUAUACGUUUGCUUCAAACUAGCGUAUACAGGAUCUCCUAUUUGAAGUAAUUAUAUAAUAAUGUGACGUCAUAGUGGAAUUCAAAAUCUAUUUUUUUUUUUUUAUAUUUGUGGUAAAAUGCAGUCACUGCCCACCAGACUCGGUAAGUGCGAUGAAAUUCUCUCACUAGUCAGUGAAUUUCAUCCACCACCUGCUUUCAUUUGAUUGGUCGGUCCAUCUUCCGAAGGCAACGCCCACAUAACACCACAGCGCCAAGCAGAGAAUUGAAAAGACCACGAGACUCCACUAUGCCAGAUUGCUGGCUGGGAAGGAAUCGUCUUUCGUGUGUCGCAGUUAUCGAUAAAACUUCGUGAGUUCUACACGAAGUUGUUUUUGGUGGUCGCUGCGUUUAUUCAUUGAACAUUCAUUUGUUGAGGAUUUGGCGUAACUUACUGGUGUCUAGGACGCCGAUAGAAACGGGAAGAUGCACAGCACGCAGUGGGUUAGCUUCAUUACCACUGUGGGUAUCGCAUCCUGGUAUGGGUUCGCAUCAGUCACAGCAUUUAGUUGCAGCUUCGGGAGGGAACCGAACCCCAAGGAGAACGGCAUCAUACGGUGGGUCAUGCCGUUAAAUCACCGCCUUCGAUGUCAGUGUACCAGCAUCUACCCUGGGGGCAUGAACACGUAUACACCCGAGAGAGGGUUUGAUCCAUUUUACACCGAUCGCCCUCUAUUCACAGACCUCGACUUUGAAGUAUUCAACUACUUUGAGUGUGAAAAUUGCUCACUGUCAUGUGAAAACGGAGGUACAUUCAUAGACGAUCCCUGCCAUUGUUCCUGUGCUAAAAACUGGACCGGCAAAACCUGUACUGAGUGUGCACUGACUGGCUGUGAGAAUGGCGCCGCUAUCAUUGACAAUACAACCUGUACGUGCGUAUGCCCGGUAGGCAAGAUGGGAGACACAUGUGCUGAGCCCAGAUACUACGACUGUCAAGACUACCUCCAGGCUCAUCCUUACAGUGAGAAUAAUGUGUACACUAUUAACCCACUGAAGUAUCCACAAGGCCUUGAUGUAUACUGCGACAUGAAAUACUGGCCAGGAUCGAUUGUUAUUCAGAAACGUCGGGAUAUUGACUUAAGUUUCAACCGAGGUUGGGAUGAGUACAGAGAUGGCUUUGGUGACUUAGAUAGUAAUAGCUUCUGGCUGGGAAAUGAGAAGGUCCGUCAGUUGACUGAGGAUGGCGCCAUCUCGUGGGAGAUUCGAGUCAAUGUUAGGAAUACUUUGGAAUCGUAUCACGCUGAACGCCGAAACUACCGCCUCUCUGGUGACAACUACACCCUUCAUGUUGACGGUUCAAUUGACUACAUGAUGAACGAAGAGAGUGGUGUAGUUUUAUUUGCAAACGGCAAGCCAUUCUCAACAUACGACCGAGACAACGAUGGCGACGCUGGGAGGAACUGUGCCGAGGAGUCGAAGGGAGGCUGGUGGUUUGAUGGUUGUGGUGAUGGAGAGAUUAAUCUUAAUGCUAAGUUCACAGAUGAUGGCGUUUUAUCCGUCAGUUCGAUCUCGCGAAUUGAAAACACCGGUCUUAAAAUCAGACGCGUGACGGGAGAUUAAUUUGGUGUCGUACCCUCACAACGAAUGUGUUUUUUUAUGAGUUAGGUCUGGGAGGGCACAUCUUUUUUGAUGACAUUUUUUUGACUUUU